GGGAGCGAGGGAAAAUGAUGGCAGGCGCCGCUCGUCAGGCCGUACAGCAGGUGGGGUGUGGUAGGGCUGACGUCACGGACUCAGGGUGGGGCUCGGGCGGGUCACAUGAGCGCGCCUGCGCGUCUCUACUCGUGGCUUUAGACAGAGAGAAGAUUAGACUUUAGAGAGAAGAGGGUGAGGCCAAAUAGAAGGCGACCGAGGCUCUUUUCCCCUAUCCCGUCUCCUCACUUUGAAAGUCGCCCACCACCGUUGCUGCCAACAGGGAACAGGCCCCACCUUAUGAUUUAUUUUAUUAUAUACAUACACUUCUUCUACCGCGAGUCUCCUUAUCUCCUUGUCUUCUUGCUUCCUCUCUCUCUCUCUCUCUCUCUCUCUCUCUCUGUUUUUUUUAUAUUUUUUCUUCCCCUCCUUCAAGCAAACAGAUGGGGAGUCGAGGAGACGGACACUACCGGGGGGUCCGGAAGAGGCCGUGGGGGAGGUACGCGGCGGAGAUACGGGACCCGUGGAAGAAGACGAGGGUGUGGCUGGGGACCUUCGACACCCCCGAGGAGGCCGCGCUCGCCUACGACCAGGCAGCCCGCUCCCUCCGCGGCGACAAAGCCAAGACCAACUUCUCCCUCCCCUCGCCCCCGCCGCCCCACCUUAGCCUGGACCUCAACCUCCCCUGCCACCUCUGGAUGGGCCCUCCGCCGCCGCCGCCACCUCCGCCGCAGGCCGCGGCGAUGGGGUCUCGCCCGCCGUCGACCAUAUUGAUGCUGGGAGGGUUCGGGGGCGGCGGGGAUCGCCAGCCGGGAAUGGGAAGUAAGCCCGAGCAGGAGUCGCCAGCGGCGGCGUCCGCGUCCUUCUUCGGCGCAGUGGCAAGAGGUCUACCCUUUGAUCUCAACGAGCCGCCGCCGGCCUCGUCCAUCUUGUUCGGUUGAACUACCCGCCGCUGCUCUAUAGCGUCCGCUCAUGCCGUGCUGCUAGUUUCCUCUUCUUUCUGUUUCUAGCUAUUUUCUUUCUUUUCCCCCCCUUUUUUUUAUUUUGUGGCCUCAGUGGGGUCUACUAUUAUAGAGUAGCAAUCAACGUUCGGCUAUGGUGUAUAUAAUAUUUUCUAAUAUAAAAAUUUUCUCAUGAAA